GAUGUUAACUCCGGUGUUUAGCAUUGAGCAAACCGAGGAACACAUCUGCAUUAAGAUUCACGCACCGUACGCUAAUGUCAAGGAUGCCGAUGCGGAUUAUGCUGACCGACAGUUCUAUUUCUCGUCAAAACCGUACUACCUGAAACUGUAUUUACCCGGCGAACUGGACGAUGCCGAACCGAUUUCGGGAACUUAUGAUUGCGAUAAAGGAUCGUUCACUUUCAAAGCUUUAAAAAAGAACAAAGGUGAAUUUUUUCCGAACUUGGAUCUGAUAAAUGAACUGCUGAAGCCAUCCGAAGUUCAUGCGAAGCGUCUGGUGGAGGAAGUGGGCGAAAAUGACAGUGAUGACAGUGAUUCUGUGACAGAUGUUUUGCACGAACCCCAAACAUCAGUAGCCGCCGAGGAAACAGAUUUGAUGGACGAAGAAUGCCGCCUUUAUGGUUAUGGAUUUGCUUGUAGCCGACAUGGUGUUAUUGGGAAAAUUAGCGCUGAAAUUGGUACUCUCAUCGAUUUGGCUGAUCCGGAUAAUUCACCGAUUGAAGGGCGAAUCGCAGAAUGUUUGCUGUACGACCAGAUAAAUUUCAACGCUGAGCAUUACAUAGCAGAUAUGUUCGAAGAAAAUCCAUUGCUGGAUGAAUGUUUGCAGUUCCAGAUACCGGAAACCUGCUUUGAGUUAAAUUUCAAGAGUCGUGACCAUCUUAAAGACCUGAAAAGUACAAAGAGUAUAUCGAAGUUUUCUUCUGAUUUGGAAAAAUCCAUUGCUUUAUCCCGACAUGGUGUUAUUGGGAAAAUUAGCGCUGAAAUUGGCACUCUCAUAGAUUUGGCCGAUCCGGAUAAUUCACCAAUUGAAGGGCGAAUCGCAGAAUGUUUGCUGUAUGAUCAGAUAAAUUUCAACGCUGAGCAUUACAUAGCAGAUACGUUCGAAGAAAAUCCAUUGCUGGAUGAGUGCAUGCAAUUCCAGAUUCCCGAGACCUGCUUUGAGUUAACUUUCAAGAGCCGUGAUCAUCUUAAAGACCUGAAAAGUACGAAAAAUAUAUCGAAGUUUUCUUCUGAUUUGGAAAAAUCCAUUGCUUUAUCGUUGAUCGAUCUUCUUUUCGCUUACUUGUACGAUAUGAGGACAACAAAUGCGGAACCCACCUCGGAAUCUGGAUGGACCAUAGCAAAGUUAAGCCCUACUCUUAGUUUUUUCGUAAAAUGGAGAACCGCAAAGGAAGCAGCACUGGGUGCAGUACGAAGAUCAUUAUGUUAUCCGCUUUAUCGUCACUAUGAAUUAUCUUUGCGAAUUUUCGAAGAUUUAAAGUUACUUCUUGGCAAGGGUAAAGUAGCAUUGCUACAGUGCCUAGUCGAUAUACGAAUGAUUCUGUCAACAAGCGGUGAUUAUCGGUAUCUCCUGAAUGACUUGUACAUAACAGAUUACUGCUUGUGGAUACAGCGAGCACCGGAUGACCUACUUUUGUGGCUUCGCAAAGAAUUGGAUGGUAUUUGCUUGAAUAAAAGCGAUCUCGAGCUGGAUUUAGAUGAAAUUGAGCUGGAAGCAAAGUUGCGAACAUUGCGAGUGAGCGAUGGAAACUCGGCCCCACUGGAUUCCGACGACAGAUGGACCAUAGCCAAGUUAAGCCCUACUCUUAGUUAUUUUGUAAAAUGGAGAACCGCAAAGGAAGCAGUACUGGGUGCAGUACGAAGAUCAUUAUGCUAUCCGCUUUAUCGUCACUAUGAAUUAUCUUUGCGAAUUUUCGAAGAUUUAAAGUUACUUCUUGGCAAGGGUAAAGUAGCAUUGCUACAAUGCCUAGUCGAUAUACGAAUGAUUCUGUCAACAAGCGGUGAUUAUCGGUAUCUCCUGAAUGACUUGUACAUAACAGAUUAUUGCUUGUGGAUACAGCGAGCACCGGAUGACCUACUUUUGUGGCUUCGCAAAGAAUUGAAUGGUAUUUGCUUGAACAAAAGCGAUCUCGAGCUGGAUUUAGAUGAAAUUGAACUGGAAGCAAAGUUGCGAACAUUGCGAGUGAGCGAGGGAAAUUCGGUCCCACUGGACUCAGACGACGAUGAAUCCCCUUAGCC